CAAUUAUUUACACCUGAAACGGACACCCUGUUUAACAUUGAAUGUGCACUAUCGCCAGAAAAACGAAUCAUAAAUCAAAGAGCCCAUUCUCGAGGAUUUAGAGCUUCCACAUCGAUACCGACCUCAAAACAUGCAAACGCUCUGUGAUGCCACGGGGUUCAGUAUCUCCGAAAUGAAGCGUAUCUAUCGUGGCUUCAAGACCGAGUGUCCUUCGGGUCUGAUCACCGAGGAGGCUUUCCAUUCCAUCUAUUCCAGAUUUUUCCCUCAAGGAGCUCCCUUUAUUUGGUCGGAUAUCCGUGGUUAUGUGCAUUGCUCGGGAGAAUGGGCGGGCAAGAAAAAGGUCUCCAAGAAAGAGCAGAAAGCCCUUGACUUGCAGAGCGCUCAAGCGGCCCUGAGCUCGUAUUCUCAUUACGUCUUCUCAACCCUGGAUCGCAACGAUUCUGGUGUCAUCACAUUCCAAGACUUUGUGGUUGGUCUGUCCAUCUUGAUUCGAGGCACCUUAGAGGAGAAGCUUCGUUGGACCUUCUCCUUGUACGACCAGGAUCGCGAUGGUGUGAUAUCGCGGGAGGAAAUGGAGGAUGUGGUUGGCUCCGUGUUUGAUCUCAUGGGUCGUACUGGAGAUCCAAUAUCAGAAGAAGCCAUUAUCACCGAACGAGUCGACCAAAUAUUCCAAAAAAUGGACCUGAAUGGCGAUGGUGUGGUGUCGAUUGAGGAGUUCCUAGAAUCAUGCCAAAAUGAUGAAACGAUCAGUCGAUCUGUGCAAGCGUUCACCAAUGUCCACAUCUAGUUGCAAUAGCUCUGCUUGUGUCAGUCCAUGUCAUAUUUUAGCACCAAUGAGAUGACGGAUCAAAUAGAUGGGUCAGGAUUGUGUACCAUAUAUAUGUAUGUGUGUCCAAAGGACAUGGAGAUAAACACAUUGCUAACUCUUA